AUUGAUAAUUAUUCAUAAUUGCUGACGAUGGAAAAAAAAGUUUAAGCUCAUUGUAAGGGGUAACCUUUCUUAUGAAAUGCCAGUGAAAGACAAUAUGCAGAAGGGGACGGAUUAGAAAACAUUGUGUAACGUGAACUUUUAAAUAGGGCACUCCUCCUCGGUGUUGUUGACAACUGCAUCCGGGACGUGCCGCCGUUCACUUCCGCUUUGUGUUUCAUAAACUCCGGACAGAGAGAGGUGAGGAUGCUGUCCCUGUCGCGAGCGGCGCUGUGCGGGGUGGCGCGCGUGCCAGCGGCUGUCAGUCAAGGUGCGGUGACUGCGGUGGUCCGGUUCAACAGCACGGCACAGGAUGCACCUAAGAAAACUACAUACGGACCACUGUCUGAUCAGGACCGCAUUUUUACAAACCUCUAUGGCCGUCAUGACUGGAGGCUGAAGGGGGCAUUGAAGCGUGGAGACUGGUACAAGACAAAGGAGAUCCUGCUGAAAGGGGUCGACUGGAUCCUCAAUGAGAUCAAGGUUUCCGGCCUGCGAGGAAGAGGUGGAGCUGGGUUCCCUACUGGCAUGAAGUGGAGCUUCAUGAACAAGCCCAGUGACGGCAGGCCUAAGUAUCUGGUGGUGAAUGCUGAUGAGGGAGAGCCGGGCACCUGUAAGGACAGGGAGAUCAUGCGUAAUGACCCACACAAGCUGGUGGAGGGCUGCCUGGUGGCAGGGAGGGCCAUGGGGGCCCGUGCUGCAUACAUCUACAUCAGAGGAGAGUUCUACAAUGAGUCCUCCAACCUGCAGGUAGCGAUCAAUGAGGCCUACAAUGCCGGGCUCAUUGGAAAGAACGCCUGUGGCUCUGGUUACGACUUUGAUGUGUUUGUAAUGCGUGGUGCUGGAGCCUACAUCUGCGGAGAGGAGACUGCUCUUAUUGAGUCCUUGGAGGGCAAGCAGGGCAAGCCCCGUCUCAAGCCCCCAUUUCCCGCUGAUGUGGGUGUCUUUGGUUGCCCAACAACUGUUGCCAAUGUGGAAACUGUAUCCGUGGCACCCACCAUCUGCCGUCGCGGAGGCUCCUGGUUCCUGGGCUUUGGCAGAGAGAGGAACUCAGGCACCAAGCUCUUCAACAUCUCUGGUCAUGUUAACCAUCCCUGCACAGUGGAGGAGGAGAUGUCCGUCCCCCUGAAAGAUCUUAUCGAGAGGCACGCAGGCGGAGUGCGUGGUGGUUGGGAUAAUCUGCUGGCUGUAAUCCCCGGUGGCUCCUCAACACCGCUCAUUCCCAAGAAUGUGUGUGAAGAGGUGCUGAUGGACUUUGAUGGCCUCAUCCAGGCUCAGACUGGCUUGGGCACAGCUGCUAUUAUCGUCAUGGACAAAUCUACUGACAUUAUCAGAGCCAUUGCCCGUCUGAUUGAGUUCUACAAACAUGAGAGCUGUGGCCAGUGCACACCCUGCAGAGAGGGAGUGGACUGGAUGAACAAUAUGAUGUGGCGUUUUGUGAGGGGUGAUGCACGGACAGCUGAGAUCGACAUGAUUUGGGAGAUCAGUAAACAGAUUGAGGGACACACUAUCUGUGCCCUGGGUGACGGUGCUGCUUGGCCAGUGCAGGGACUGAUCAGGCACUUCAGGCCUGUCAUGGAAAGCCGAAUUGCUGAAUUCCAGCAGCAGCAGCAGGCCAGGGCUUAAACGGUUCAUCGACUCCAUGGCCUUGUUCCCUUGCCUGACACACCCUUACCUUAUGUUCCUCUCAUUAAAAAAAAAAAAAUGAUAUUUAAACGAUAAUGUGCUAUUAUCCACCUUGUUGACAAACUCAUGCCUUCCUAUGUCUGCCUUGUCUCAAGUUAUCAAUAAAGUUCUAUGAACCUUAAAUUUA